AUGAAUUGCUUAACACAUAGUGGUGUUUUUAAAUCAUUAUGGACAAGACCAUUAUACAAAGCAGGUAAUUUGUAUACAUGGGGUGUUCACAGUUUGGGAUGUGGAAUAAAUUAAGAUUCAUAGAGAGACUAAUUGAGACCAAGGAGAAUUGAUGCUUUUAAUGGAAAUGUUUAAAAGGUAUAUCCAAGUGAAUUCUUCACAGCUGUGAUAACAGGUAUUGAUAUAUAAUAAAUGAUAAGAUAAUGGUGAUUUGUAUACAUUUGGUAACAAUAAAUAUGGUUAAUUGGGAUUGGGUAACACUUAAGAACAUUAAACCCCAUAACUUGUGAAAUACUUUAGAGAUAAAGGAUUAAAGGUAUUAGAUGUGGCAUUGGGAUCAAAUCAUGGAGUAGCAUUGGCUUGUAAGAAAUAAUAAAUAAUAUGACAGCUGAUGGCCAUGUUUAUACAUGGGGAGGUGCAAACAAUUCAUUCUUAGAUUAAUUAUUAUGUAAACCAAAUGGAUUAGGUGAUAAUUAUUAGAACAAUCUUUUAUAACCAUAAUGUGUAGAGAAAUUGGUUGGAACUUCAAAAGGUAAAUUUGUUAGUGCUGGCAUAAACUACUCCAUUGUAGUUAAUGAAAACAAUCAAGUAUAUGUAUGGGGAGCUGGUAAAAGAGGAGAACUUGGUAAUGGAUGUAGAUUGAAUUUCAGAUACCCAGAAUUGAAUCCAAUAUUUGAAUAAUUGACUAAGUCAGGUUAUACAAUCUAAAAGAUUAAAUCAUGUUUUGCUGGUACAUUGGCAUUAUUAAGUAAUUANUCGUGAUAUUUCAAAUCAUAUAUCUAGUUAGUAAAGGUAUAUUGAAUUUUGAAUUUGAGUUGUUUCAAUGUAAGGUAGAUACUAUGAGAGAAUAUUUGUUAACAUGGAUUAUUUAAAUAGAAAAUGGUUAAAAAAGAUUUAUAUA